CCUCCAACUUGGAGCUUGCUGGGUCAAUCAAUGGACUCGCAGUUGAAACUUCGGAGCUUCCCAUUGAACGCGUCCCCCUUUACCAAGCUUUUAUUGGAAUCUUUGCAUCACUGGACUUCACCAAUUACAAAUUUUGUGAUUUGGUGAUAUCCCAAGAAUUUGUGGAGUUGAGGGGCUUGUUUUAUCAUAUAUAUAGUUUGAUCACCAACACAGAGGAUCAAGAAUGGCGGACCUCGCUGCAGGUGGUGCUAUGGGAUUGCCAUUUACUGUACUGUACGAAGUCAUUAAGGAAGUGGUGAUCAAGACUGCGAUGUUUGAACCUCUCCUCAAAGAACUUGAUUUUACAAUAGACUCUUUGAAACCACUGAUCGAGGAAAUGGACAAGUACAAUAAGGUGUUGGAUCGUCCAGAGAAGGAACUUCGAGAAUUUAAAGUACAAAUGGAGAAGGGCCCUGAGCUUAUUCGCAAGUGCGCCAAUCUUAGCAAGUGGCAAAGCUACAAAAAGUACAAGUACAGCAACCAACUUCUUGAAUUGCAGAACUCUCUUCAGAAGCUGCAAUUUCUACUGUCGGUACAACAAGCAAGGGAUGUGAAGCAGACCUUGGCUGUAACAAAGAAUAUAGAGACUGUGGUGCUGCGAAUAGAUGGUGAGGGUCCUGCAGGAUGGAAAGAAGGGAUGAAUGAUAUGAAAGAGACCUUGGAAGAAGUGAAGAUUAUAACAGGGACGAUGGUCAAGCGCAUUGAUCAGAAAGGUGAGGUACAAAGUCAAAUAGACAGUGAAGUACCUGCAUCUCCAAGGGUUACUGUGGGAUUGGAUGUGCCUUUGAUGGAAUUGAAGAUGAAGCUUCUUAAGGACGAUGAGGUAACAAUGCUAGUGCUGACUGCUCCUGGAGGAUCCGGGAAAACCACAUUGGCCACAAAGUUUUGUCAAGAUAAGGAUGUCCAAGGUAAAUUCAAGAACAAUAUCUUCUUUUUCACGGUUUCAAAGAAGUCGAACUUCAACCUUAUUGUACAAGGGCUGCAUCAACGCAAGAGUACUGAUGUACCUUCUUUCCCAGAUGAAGCAACUGCCGUCAAAUGGCUGCAUAAGUUUCUGAAGGAAGAAGAUGUGCCUGUACUGUUGGUCUUGGAUGAUGUUUGGUCUGAAUCAAAAUCUAUUCUUGAAACAUUUGAUGAAGUGAAAAUGCCAAAUUUCAAGAUUUUGGUGACAUCAAGAUCACAGUUUCCAGGAUAUGGUUCUCUGUAUCAUCUGCAAUCACUAAAUGAUAUAGAUGCAAUGAAACUUUUGCGUCAUUCAGCAUCCCUAGGCGAUGGGAGCUUUAAUUUUCAAUGGAACAGACUUGCUAAAAAGAUAGUAGAACACUGCAAGGGAUAUCCACUUGCUAUUGAUGUGGUCGGAAAAUCACUCCGAGGAAAAUCUUAUGAGUUAUGGUGUAAAAGAGAAAUGGAGUUGUCCAAAAGUGAUUCUAUUAUUGAUUCUGAAACUGAAGUGCUUCUUCGCCUUAAAAGCAGCUUAGAUGCUUUGAAUGAACAAGAAGCAAUCAUCAAGGAAUGUUUUGUAGACCUUGGUUCAUUUCCUGAAGGCCAAAGAAUCCCUGUGGUUGCUCUCAUUGACAUGUGGGCAGAGUUGCAUGAAGGGCUAGGGAAAGAUGUUUUGGCCGUUGCAAACCUGCAAGAGCUUACUUCUCAAAGUCUGGCUGAUCUUGUAGUCACAAGGAAGGAGAUAAUGGAGGUUGAUGACUACUACAGUGAGCACUUCGUCACCCAACAUGAUUUGCUCAGACAGCUGGCUGUUUAUGAAGCCAAACUAGACUCAAGUAAAAAGCGAUUGAUCAUAGGUAACUGCGGAGACAAUCUACCCAAGUGCUUGACUGAACAGAAGGAUCAACUGAUUAAGCCUCGUCUGCUAUCUAUCUCCUCAGAUGAAACGUUCUCAACAAAUUUACACAACAUUCAUCUAGCAGCUGUUGAGGUUCUAGUUUUGAAUUUCAAUGCAAAGAAUUAUGCUUUGCCUGAAUUUGUGGAGAAAAUGAUUAAUCUGAAGGUUCUAAUAAUCACAAAUCAUGGUUUCUUACCUGCUGAAUUGAGCAAUUUUCACCUCCUGGAUUCUUUACCAAAUCUUAAGAGAAUCAGAUUAGAGCGUGUUUCAAUUCCUUCCAUAACCAAGAAUUCGAUACAGUUGAAGAGCCUGAAGAAGAUAUCUUUAUUCAUGUGUAGCAUCGGUCAAGCUUUCAGCAAUUGUUCCUUUGACAUUUCAGAUGCAUUGCCAAAUUUGGAGGAACUAAAUAUUGAUUAUUGCAAUGACUUUGUGGGAUUGCCUGACACGAUCUGCAAUUUGGUUCGUCUAAGGAAGCUCAGUAUCACAAAUUGUCAUAAGCUAUCUGCCUUGCCUAAAGAGAUUGGAAAGCUGGAUAUGCUAGAGGUUUUGAGGCUAAGGUCUUGUACAGAUUUGGUAAAACUUCCGUGCUCUGUUAUGAACCUGGGGAGUUUAAGCUUUCUUGACAUAUCUGACUGUUUCAGCAUUGUGGAGUUGCCUGAAGACAUUGGUGAUCUCAGCGGUUUAAGAAAGAUCAACAUGAGUCAGUGCUCUAGAUUGAAAGAGCUACCACUAUCAGUUUUGGAUUUUGAGAAUAUAGAGGAGGUCAUAUGCGAUGAAGAGACAAAAGAGUUGUGGGAGCCCUUCUUGCCUAUGCUCCACAGCGUAGCAGUAAGGGUGGUCAAACAAGAAUUCAACCUAAAUUGGCUUCAAAAGUCCCAGUUUUGAAAGUAUUCUUUCAUUCAAUAAAUGUUGCUCCAAGUGAUUUGUGAUUCAUUUUUGUUUCCCAAUAUAUGUUCUCAUUUUUGGAAUAAAAGAAUGUAAGAAUACUGACUGAACUGAUUUUGAGUUCCGAAGUUCGUUCAGAAUAAGAGUGAAAGUGUAUACCGUAUAGUAACUGGAUUCUAUACAUAAAAAGAAUUCAUAAGAUGUGGAAUUUGAUGAAUUUCAUCGAGCUCAUGGCUAAAUUUCUUGACGAGUACAAAUGAAACGUUCCAAGUGAUUUCAAUGUGAUCAGUUUCCAGGUUAUUGUGUAACAACUUCUAACUUGCCUAGUUCAAAGUGAUUGCGUGUAGCCACUUUUUCGAAGAAACAAACAUCGUAUCUAUGGCUGUUGGAUUCUAGGACCAAAGAGAGAAAGAGCCAAGGCCUUCAUAUUCACACACAUCUACUCUGCAAGUGAAAUUGGGAAGAAACAUCGAU